AUGGGAGAGGCUACGGGCACCUUUGGGCAUAGUACCAUCAAAGGUACUGGCAUUGGCUUGAUUGUACUCACCUCGCUAGUUAUAGUCAUUCGUUUUGCUGGGUCCAUUCGAAGUUUCAAGGACCUCAAGGCUGAGGACUACCUUCUGAUUGUGGCGUACAUAUUCUUCUUGGAACUGAGCAUUCUCUACAUCUACAUUUCCCCUGUCAUCUUGCGGUUAGCAGAUGUCGGUGCCGGGAGGAUUGCCCCUUAUGCCACCAUCUCGGACGACGGACUCAAAUUACAGACCGUCUUCUUCGUUACGACGUCUUCGCUAUGGAUUUGCUUGUGGAUGAUCAAGUUUUCGCUCUUGACGAUGUAUAAGCGGUUGCUAGUUGGGAAAAAAUACAUCAUCGCCUGGUGGGUUAUUAUGGGAUCUUGUGUCCUGUUUAUUAUAGGCUGUAUUAUCUCGUCAUGGCUCUCAUGCACCAGCUUCCAUGCCUGGUUUACUGCAGGGCAAUGCGGCACCGAUCGCGACCACCGGGCAGCUGUCAUCAGCUUAUACUACGCAUAUGCUGUAGAUAUAAUCACUGACCUAGCGAUCAUGAUUCUCCCCAUCCGCCUUAUCUGGAACCUGCAGAUGAAACCCCGACAGAAGCUCAGCAUUGGCGGACUAUUCUGCUUUGGCUGGGUUUGCAUUAUUAUAUCCACCAUCCGUGUCGUGCAGCUGGGUGAGACUGAAAACGGUGUCCCCCCUCCAUCGUGGCUAGCGGUAUGGGGAACCAUCGAGGCGUCGAUCGCCGUCAUGAUCGGUUGUUGCCCCGGCCUCUAUCGCGUAAUUAAAACCGCCAUCUCGCCCUCCAAGACAUCCUACCCGUACGACUCAUACAACUUACGGGGGCGUGGAGGCAGUGGUAUGCCUUCACACCGCUCGGGCGCGUACAGGGGAGAUAUUGCAUUGAAUAGUUUUAGGGGGAAAGGGGAGUCAUAUCAGUCCGCCAGUGCAUACCGUUCUACCAGUCCGUCAAGCAGCCAGGAGAAAUUGGCGCAUCCAAGCGACAGGGGGAAUAUCAUGGUUAACUAUGGAGUUGCCGUGACGAUAGAGGAUCGGCCAAGUGAUUUUGGCCGGACGGCACAUUUUGCGUAG